AUGGAAUUUAUUGACAAAGAUACAAUUAAAGCAAACAAACCAUUACUGAAAGCUUAUGAUAUUUUGCCUUUUCUAAAGUACCAAGUAAAAGUGAUAGGGUCUCCUGGCAUGAAUAAACCUCAAAGCAGUUCAAAGCCUGCUAAUUCAGCUCGAGGCAACAUCUGGGGUUUUAGAAGAGAAGAAUCUUCGAUUCCUAACACAAAUGGCUUUGCGAAAAUAGCAAAGCAGUCGAAAAGUCUCAGAACACUGAAGACUGAAAAGAAAGCCGAGGAACCUGAAAGUUUUUCUUUUUUCAAAGACGAAAUUGGGAUCCAAUUCUCUAUGUUUAGCAGCAAGAAGCUCAGACUUCCGAUCCCAAACUUUCAGAUCCCUACAGACAGCGAAGACAGCGAGCAAGCUACCGCCAGAAAGCAAUCUACCUCUAAAUCAAAACGGCGAAAUCUAUCAAUUCCAGUAUUGGGGAACGUGGUCACAGUGCCUCCUCCCCCCACAGAAAGGACUCCUGAAAAACUCAAAAGCGAGCGCCACUGCUACAGCAGCCGAAUGCUCCUCAAGCCUAUUGGCAAGCUCUGAAAAUCCAAAGGGAUCAACAUUGAUGAAGUCCCAGUAUCCCACCAAGUUUCAGAACAAAGCAUACAAAUAAAAAGGCAAAAGCCACCAAAGCCCAAGCCGAGAAGUACUGCGAUGCUCAGGAGACGUUUUUCUCAAAUAGAUUUAAUUUCCUUAUGUGUAUUCAACGAAUAUCAUGACAGUUCAUGUCAUAAUUAA